UAGUAGGAAACGAGCAGCAGAGACGGUAUUUAGGUUACCGAUCUCGCCCGAGAAACCCUUCCAGCGGCUAGGGUUUCGCCCGAGCCACCCCAUGAGAUCACCACUGCCGUUCUGAACCUGAUUCCGUUGGCGUCGUGCCGUCGUUCCGUCCGUCCGUCCGUUGGCUCCGUGCUCGGCAUUCCAGCGCUACCUCGUCCGCCUCUUCAACAGAACCGAUGGCUCCGAGAAAGUACAAGAAAGCGCCUAGAUCGACCGCCGUCGACCGCAUCGGCGACCUCCCGGACGAGAUUGUCCACCACAUCCUCUCCUUUCUGCCCGCGCAGGAGGCCGUGCGCACGUCCGUGCUCGCCCGGCGCUGGCGCCACCUCUGGAGGUCGGCGACCGGCCUGCGCAUCGUCGGCAUUGAGGGCGCGGAUACCGUCCAGGAGCUCCGGCAGUUCGUGGACCAUCUGCUAAUCCUGCGUGGGCACGCGGAGCUUCAUACUUUUGAGAUCGGCAUCUCUGAAUUCUCGCAAGAGGACGUGCCUUUAUUUCUCAACCUAUAUGAGCCGCCUCUUGUCUCACGGCAUCUGAGGGCACUAGACCUUGAGGGCGUGCGCCUGCAAGGGGCCUUUCUUGAUUUUACUUCCUGCCCAGCAUUGGAGGAUCUGAAGAUGAAGCAGUCCCACAUUUAUCUUGAGAAGAUAGUGUCCCGGUCUCUACAACGUUUGAGCAUCAUCGGUUGCAGCUCCGAUAUGUACUACCGGAUCAGUAUCUCUACCCCUUGCCUCAUCUCGUUUACACUGGAUGGCUUUCAGGACAAAACCCCUUUGCUUGAAAGCACGCCAUUGUUAGAGACUGCAUUUGUGAGGCUUGGGUGUGACUACUACGAUACCUGUCAUAAUUAUGAGGAUGGGCUUUUUUGUGGUGCUAAUGAUUCUAGCUGUCCAAAUUGUCUUGCUUACAAUGAUGGAAUGAGCAAGACUGUGCUUCUUGGAGCUCUCUAUAAUGCUAAACAUCUGGAGUUGAUAUCUACAUCAGAAAUGUUUAUUUUUGCAAGGGAUUUGAAAUGGUGCCCUACAUUUAACAAGCUGAAGACUUUAUUACUCAAUGAAUACUGGUGCGUGGGUCCUGACUUUGAUGCACUAACUUGCAUUCUCAAACACUCUCCAGUUCUAGAGAAACUCACUCUUCAACUUGUUUCCGAGGGACAACAAGCACAUAAGUGGAAAUGAAGGGAAGCUACAGUUCUAUGGAGAGAUCUGCUGUAAUAUCGGAGCACCUAAAGUUAAUUUCUAUCAAGUAUAAUGUAGUUGAUGACAGAGUUCUCCAACUUUUGACGUUCAUGUGCACAUUUAACAUACGAUUCAGUUUUGAGUAAGGGUGAGAAAAACUGACUUGAUGGUAGAUUCAUCGAUGUGCUAUCUAUGGAGUAUUUGAAAAUUUAAGGCUUCAUUCUGAUGUGAUGAUUUUUCCCAUUUGCAAUAUUUUAUCUACAUGCAACUUAGAGCUUCAGAUCAUCUAGCUAGACCAGUUUUUAUGAUACCAGGUUUAUGCACUUUAUGCUUGGAGAUAAUGUCUA